CGGAACCUUGGCGCCGUGACGCAGGUUUCCGGCGGGCUUCUUAGAGCGCCGAACAGCUUUGGGCCGAAGGACCAUGAGAGGGCCGGAGUUGGGUCCCGAACCUACGAUGGAGGGGGACGUUCUGGAUACCCUGGAGGCGCUGGGGUAUAAGGGACCACUGUUAGAAGAGCAAGCCCUUACCAAGGCAGCAGAGGGUGGACUGUCUUCACCUGAAUUUUCAGAGCUCUGUGUUUGGUUAGGCUCUCAAAUAAAAUCAUUGUGCAACUUGGAAGAAAGUAUCACUUCAGCUGGGAGAGAUGAUCUAGAAAGCUUCCAGCUUGAGAUAAGUGGGUUUUUAAAAGAAAUGGCAUGCCCAUAUUCUGUACUCAUAUCAGGAGAUAUUAAGGACCGUUUAAAAAAGAAGGAUGACUGUUUGAAGCUUCUAUUAUUUUUAAGUACAGAGCUUCAAGCUUUACAGAUACUGCAGAACAAGAAACAUAAAAAUUCUCAGUUAGAUAAAAACAGUGAAAUUUAUCAGGAAGUUCAAGCUAUCUGUGAUACUCUUGGUGUACCCAAGUCAGCAACUUCUGACAUUCCGCUUAUGCUAAACCAAGUGGAAUCAAAGGUGAAAGAUAUACUCUCAAAAGUCCAGAAAAAUCAUGUGGGAAAACCACUGCUGAAAAUUGACUUAAAUCUGCAACAAGCGGAACAACUGGAAAGAAUCAAUGAUGCGCUUUCUUGUGAAUAUGAGUGUCGCCGGCGGAUGCUAAUGAAACGGUUAGAUGUGACUGUGCAGUCCUUUGGUUGGUCUGAUAGAGCAAAGGUAAAAACAGAUGACAUAGCAAGAAUUUACCAGCCUAAGCGUUAUGCUUUAUCACCCAAGACAACGAUUACACUGGCACAUCUGCUUGCUGCUCGUGAAGAUCUGUCCAAGAUCAUUAGAACAAGUAGUGGCUCCAGCCGAGAGAAGACGGCAUGUGCCAUUAAUAAGGUGUUGAUGGGAAGGGUGCCUGACAGAGGAGGACGGCCGAAUGAAAUUGAACCACCACCCCCUGAAAUGCCCCCUUGGCAAAAGAGACAAGAUGGCGGCGGAAGGGGUGGUUGGGGUGGUGGAGGUGGUGGGGGUGGUCGAGGAGGUGGUGGGGGUGGAAGAGGUGGUUGGGGAGGUGGGGGAGGUUGGGGAGGUGGUGGAGGAGGAGGUGGUGGAGGAGGAGGGUGGGGAGGAAGCGGGGGAGGGGGUGGUAGAGGAGGAGGUUUCCAAGGCAGAGGAGAUUAUGGGGGGAGGGGAGAUUAUGGUGGAAGAGGAGGGGGCUAUGGUGGAAGAGGGGGCUAUGGUGGAAGAGGUUAUGGAGAUCCAUAUGGAGGAGGUGGCGGUGGAUAUAGAAGAUAUUAAAAUCUACCAAAAUUAGAUAGCAGUGCUUACUUCUUGGCAGAGACAUUAGCUGUAGUGUUCUAGAUAACAUACUUGAAUGUCAUUUUUGAAGUAAACACCAUGUUAGAUACCCUAUACCAUUCUUGAAUUGGGUUAAUCUGUAAGAGCAUUGUUUUAUACUACCAUUUGAUCUCUUUAGAGUGAUGAUUUUUCCAUAUUCUGUGUACCCUUGAGCAUGUCUUUUUAAAAAACAAAAAAUGAGCAAAAAUUAUUUUUAAAAAUGUAAAUAUUUAUUACCAUCAUACUUGGAAAAUGGAAAGUAUUUUAUUGUCAUGAUUGAAUUUAGAUUGUUACCUGUAUUUUAUUCAGGUUUGAAACAUAAAUUACCCAACUUGUAAUGGAAAGGAAUAUAGACUAUUGCCUCAUCUGUA